GUUAGGGCAAUUAAAGUUGAAGGUAUGCUUCCAGGAGAUUUCUUCGAUGAAGGGGUGGGGCUCUUGGAGUUGAAUGAGUUAGCCGCCGAGAAGAAGUUUUGUCUUUGGACUGAGGCGAUGCAUGUCAACCUGAUGAAUACAGAGAGGAAGACAGGGAAUGGAAUGAAAUUUCAAUCAAGAAGACUAACCCUUCUUUGGAAUCCAUUCCUCAUCCUCCUAAGUAGUUUCUUGAUCCUUGCAGCUGCUCAAGGUGUUUCCCGCAAUGUAAGUGUGGGUGAUUUUCUCCUUGCCAAUGAUCGAAACCUUACAUGGAAAUCCCCAUCUGGUGAUUUUGAACUUGGGUUUCGCCGUGCUCCAGACCAACAAGAUCGAUUCCUCCUUGCUAUUUGGUUUGCCGAAAUACCCCAACAAACCAUAGUUUGGUCUGCAAAUGGAGACAACCCUGUAGAGAUAGAAUCCAGAGUUGACCUUAACUCCAGUGGCCUAGUGCUCAGAGCUCCUUCUGGCAUAGAGCUUUGGCGGUCUGACAGCACCCAAGAUGGCACUGGAGGGGUAUCCCAUGCAGCCAUGCUGGACACCGGAAACUUUGUCAUCACAGGAAGGAAUUCAGAAAACAUAUGGGAGAGCUUCCAAAAUCCAACAGACACCAUAUUGCCAGGACAAGAACUAGGCCUAAGUAGUACUCUUUCGUCAGCCUUCUCCACAACAAGCUACAAGAAGGGGAAAUUUCAACUCCGUUUCACCUCCGAAUCUUUAGUCCUCAAUCAAAUAGAUGUCUACACUGCGAAUUCUUUCCAGUAUUACUUCAACAUCACAGCUGGUUCUGGAUUGAUCUUCGACAAAUCUGGGUAUAUCCAGGUUAGGAAAUCAGAUGGAAGUAUUGUCAACAUUGGACAAGAAAAUACAAACCCAACACAGGAUUUUUACUACAGGGCUACACUUGAUUUUGAUGGAGUUUUCACCCUGUAUUCUUACUCCAAAUACCUCGUUGGAGAUAAAAGUUGGUCAUCCUUGUGGUAUAAACCAGAGGAUAUCUGCUCCAGCUUUGUGAAUCAAUAUCCUCCGCUCGGGAGCGGGCCUUGUGGGUAUAACAGUAUCUGUCAACAUGACCCAGAUAGAAGGGUUGAUUGCCAGUGCCCAUAUGGGUUUUCUUUCCUGGAUGCAAAGAAUAAUCACUCUGGAUGCAAGCCAGAUAACCAUAGCUACCCAGGAGACUGUAAUGAGGAAGGCUCUACUAUUGGAGAGGAUCGUUUUGAUUUCAAGUCUGUGCGUUUUUUAGAUUUUCCCUAUGGUGACUAUGAAUUCUCGUGGAAUGAAACUGCUGGAAGAAGAAACUACCGCUUUCAAAUGGGUGGUACAAUAAACGCGACGUUCCCAGAACGGCAUUUAUCAAGGUACUAAAACCAAGUGAACCGCCAUUGAGUCCUCCCAAUCCAAAUCCAGGCGAAAAAAGGCAGAAUCCGGUCAUUCUCAUUCUCUCAGUCCUCUUAGGCACAUCAGCAUUUUUCAACAUCUUUACUUUGGUUGUGGUUUCCUUGCUUCUCUUCUAUUUCUACCAAAGAAAGCUUCAGGAUCUGA